CACCCCAAAGCAUCAGAGAGGAGAGCAGGCCACAUGCCCACAGGUGACAAUAGUGCUCCUGUGUGCUGCAGGCAGUUGGGGAGGGCGUGGAUUCAGGCAAAUGAGCAGAGCACACGCAGAUAUAGAGGCGUGCGGCUGUUGGGGCUCUGCUUCCACUCCAGGGCUCGCCAGAAUGGAGGGCUGUAUAAAGCAGCUUAGCCUGGGGAGAGAGCCUGAGGAAGCAGGGAACAGCCAGGACCUGGCCAACCUCCAGACACUGGCCCUGAAGUGGUUCAUGGAGACACAGGCCCCCACCAUUCUGCAGAACGGUGUCCUGCCCUCCUGGUUUCAUGGAUUUAUCACCCGCAAGCAGACGGAACAGCUACUCAGGGACAAAGCUCUUGGCUCCUUCCUCAUCCGCCUCAGUGACCGGGCCACCGGCUUCAUCUUGUCCUACAGGGGCAGCGACCGCUGCCGGCAUUUUGUCAUCCACCAGCUCCAAAACCAGCGCUACCUCAUCUCGGGGGACACCCACAGCCACAGCACCCUGGCUGAGCUCGUGCGCUAUUACCAGGAGGUGCAGCUUGAGCCUUUCGGGGAGACCCUGGCUGCUGCCUGCCCCCGGCUGGAGGACAAUGAUCUGUAUGAUGCCGUCACCAUGGGCCUCCACCAGACCAACCCAGGCCUGGAAAGUCAAGCUACCAUGACGUCCUCCACGCUGGCCCCAGACAAGGCCGCCAGCCCCUGCCCUGCUUCAAAGCCCCAGGUCUCCUUCCUCCACACAAACAAGAGCCUGGAUGUGAGUUCCGGGAAACUCUCUGAGGAGGAAAGCAUGGAGGUCUCCAUCAGGGUGCCUCCCCUCCCUGAGAGGAGUACUUCCCUCCUGGAUGAGUCUUUUGGAGGCCCCAAUGACAUCAUAUAUGCAGACCUGAGGAAGAGGAACCAGGCCCGACUAGGCCUGGGCAAAGAAGUGUCCAGCAGGCAGGGGCCAGUUCUUGCUGGCGGCCAGGCCUGCUCCCUCACCAGGGAGGCCCCAAGGAGACCCUUGGAUGGAGGCCAAAACAGGCCUAAUGGCCCAGGGCUUGCCCUUGCUGGGGUGAUCCCAGACCAGGGCCCAACAGUGUCUCCCACUUCUGGGGGGUUCCUCCCAUCCCCAAGUCCUGAGGCUCUGGGAUCCCCAGCUGCAGUGUGGAGCCAGGGGUCUCCGAUGCUGAGGCACUGGGUUCAGUCCUAUUCCCAGGACAGCUCUGCAGAUACCUACAGGCCCACAGGGACAGCAGGCCUCCUGCAGCAGACCAGGGAUGUGCCAGACCAAGGAGAUAGUACCUACGAGCAGAUCCCAGCCUGCUGGGCUGGGCCAGCCAGGCCUCCAUAUCUUGGGUCCAGCCCCACCUACAGCAAGCUGUCAGGGCCCAUAGACUGUGACUACAAGAGGAUUCCAGAGUCCGGGAAUACCUAUGAGCAAAUCUCAGCAGCCAAGAGCAAGGAGACCGGACGAACACACAAGGUGGGCUCCAUGCGUCAGGCGAGGGUGGUGCUGGCCCUUAGGGAGCACCCAGUGGUAGGUGGGGACCUGUGCUCGUCAGGCAUUGCAGACCAGCUCCUUGCCACAGCCCAGAAUUACACCCUUUGCUUGCCUGACAAGCUCCGGAGGCUCUUCUUUGCAGACAAGAAGCACAAAUUCUGA